AUGAAGCUCUUUAGCAUCCCACAUGAUAUUCGGUUGGACAUCAAGGACUUUCUGGUUCCAUCAGAUAUUGAAAACAUUCUGGACACCGGUCGUGGCCUCUGGCAGCAGAUCUUCAAAGAUCCUACUUGGAUCGAUACUGCCGUAAAGUCUGGUCAAAGUUCUCCAGUCCUUAUUGGCCAUAACUUGAGUUCCUUUCGCUCUAGGAAGUCUUCAAACUGUCUCUAUCUUUCCCUUGUUGUGAAUGAUAUUUCAGGUGAUCUCCGUGAUACUAGUCAAACCUUCUUUUCUACGCUCCAAAACGGCUGGCGAUAUGAUAAAGAAAAAUUUGAAGUCUACUUUUCAUCUGGCAUAACUUUGAAUAUAUACGAUAUCAUCAAUGGUGAUGAGACGAUAAAGCUACCUUUGGAGAGAAUUUUUACGAAUAAAACAAAGGGCAUCUACACGGAAUACUGCUACUAUAAGGAUCUCUCGAUAAGGGAACUGCAGCCAUCCAAUAUUAUAAAAUGGGAUCCUUCCUAUAGAACAACCCCACACGCUCCUCUUGGUUGGUGGAAUGGCCCUUCAAGCAAGGGUAGAGAUAUAAGAAUGGGCUGUAAACUGACACUUCUGGAUGGGGAUACGGAAACGGUCUAUAUUAUACUCCCGACGCGCUUGAAAAGAAAACUAUGGGCGAAAAUAACAUAGAACAAGUGCGGUUGCCUGUCG